AGCUCUCAACAGACUCCAUCCUUGAGGACCUUCAGUCCCAGAAUUACCCAGCGCACGAGGUACAUCGUAUGUACCAGUCGCGCUCACGCAACAAGGCCGCUAUCGACCUUGUUCUAGUCGUAUUAGAUUUAUCCCCAGAAGGCAAAUCGAUCUUUGAUAUAAAGAGCGUUUGCCAACUAUCCUCGCUCUCCGUAGAGGCGCCUCGCAAGCGUACCUACCCCGGACAAUGCCACCGUUGUCAGAACUACGGGCACUCUGCCCGUAAUUGUUUCGCUCGCCCACGGUGCGUCAAGUGCCUAGGCGAUCACGCCACCGCAGAUUGCGGCCGUAGGCCCAACACCCCCACGCCCCCCAGUUGCACCCUCUGCCUCACAGAGGGUCACACCGCGAAUUACCGCGGUUGUUCACGCGCCCCACGUCCCGCCAAAAAGAAGGCCACCCACACCCAGGGCAACCGUGCUCCGGCACGUGCCCCCGCCAAGGCUCAAACACAACCCGAGCCACUCGUACCCGCCCCUCUGCCUGCUAACAAUGCCUGGAUUAAACCCCCGGCAAUUGUAAGCAAGGUAGCACCCAACCCGCCCGCCCAGAAAGCCCCGCCCGCCCAGUCGGCCCCGCCCGCCCAAUCGGCCCCGCCCAUGCCCAUACACAAACCCGUCCCCAAAACACUGCCCGCGGCCCCCAAGGCCAACGGCAGCUCCCUCGCGCAGGACUUCGCAUUGGUCGCUCGCUUAGCCAGCACCAUCGACCCUAACGAGAUUGCCCUUCUGGCCUCCAAGCUCCGCCUGUAUAAGGAGUCGCCCCAAAAUAGGCUCGCAGCCGUCUGCGAGCACAUCGGCGUACUUACCGCCAUCCUCAAUUUUAACCUGUAAUUAUGGGUACUCGAGCUCAGAGAGAAAAGCCUCGGUCCG